AUGCUUGAAACGGCAAGAACUGAGCUAAAAAGACAACUUGAAGAGUGUAAAAGGGUUAAUGGUGAAUAUGUUCUGCUACUUGAUGCUGAGACAGCUGGUGAUGAGAUAGCUUGGUUCACGAGUCUCCAAAAGAUUUAUUCGCAGAUAUCUAAAAAAAUCGGCGACGUUAUUCAACGGAAAAGUGAUACCAAAGGUAAUGCAAUGAGAGGAAGCACAAUGAAACUAGAAAGAAUGAAAUUACCCCAAUUCAGUGGAAAUAUUCGAGACUACCCUCGUUUUUGAUCAGAUUUUGAAAAACAAAUCCUACCAGAGUUGGAAUCUGGAAAAGUUGCAUAUGUCCUCAAAUCAUGUCUCGAAGGUGAAGCAUUUGAUGCCAUCUACAACUUAGAUGAUGAUGUAACAAAAAUGUGGAAGCGACUAGAUGAGAAAUAUGGUCUGCCAUCAAAAUUAGUCGAUGUUGUCGUAUAUGAUAUUAAGAAUAUAAAGCACUUACAGGAAGGAGAUGAUCAAUCAUUUCUAGAGCUUAUAAAUACGGUUGAGAAAGGCUAUCAAGAUCUAGCCAGAAUCAAUAUGGAAUCUGAAAUAUCCAAUAGUGGAACAGUCAGUUUAAUCGAAGAACGAUUGCCUCGUGACAUUAAGCGGGAAUGGUCUAGAGAAGUCAACAGAUCAGCCAGCAAAGUAGAACAGAAAAAUAAGUUCCCGUAUCUUCUCCAAUUCCUUCAAGAACAAAGAAAGAUUAUAGAAUACGAGUCAUCAGAGCUGAGGACUGGAGGGGAUCAUGCUCGCAAAGGUUGUGUCCACAUGAUUGACCGUGAUGGAAAGUUUAUUGAAAACAAAGAAGCUACAAAGACGACCAGGUGCUUAGUUCACAGCUCGAGCACGCAUUAUACGGCCGAUUGUAGAGUAUAUCAAGAGAUGGCGCCUGAAGGGAAAGUCCAGUUGUUAAAGGAAAAGCGAGCUUGCUGGUCAUGCCUCAAGAUUGGUCACCGCUCUAUUGACUGCAGACAACGCAAGAAAUGCAACAGUGAUGAUUGUUCAAAAUAUCACCAUGAUUCCUUACACGUAGCCCACGUUCAAGGGGUUGCAUUCCAUAUACCAUAUUUUUCCCGGCCAAAUUCUGACGCAGAUGGAAAGGAAUCGGGAACUUGUUUGCUGCAGGUGAUGUAA